GUUGCUGUCAGGCUCGCUGUACAGCGGUUGGAAGAUCCAAGACCUCUUCAGUCGCUUCUUGGACUCCGCACAUUCGGUGGCUAAACCAAGCUGAUCCUCAGCUGAAAUUCAACACGACUGCCUCAAGUUUAUUAUUGCGGGACAAAUUUUCAAGACCGCUCGUGCCUCUCUACACGAACUUGAUUAAGAAGCUAUAAAAGUGCUAACAGGGAACUCGCUCUUCCGAGAGUUUGUUCAAGUCACGAUCAAAAACGCUCGCCUGCUACUGACUGAGUUCACCCAAUCCCGUGCAAAGAAUUAUCCUUUGCUAAUGAAGAAUAGUUUGGCUCACACAAUGCAAUUUUGGCUCGUGCUGCUUGGCCUCGUUGUUCUGCCAAGCCUCGUCCACUCUCAAGAUGACGAGACGUGGCCGAAAGAAGAAAGUUUCCCCAUCACGGACGUCGACUCCUCCAUGACGCCCGUAGCCGAGGCCCGCUACGCUGAUGAGGAUUACUUCCAAGGAGACGAUGCCCAAGCGAGGGAUUAUAAGCCCGCCAAGCCUCACUGCCAUCCACACACUGUCACAAAAUACCGAACUGUCUUCAAAGACAGGAAAGCUAACGUCUUUAAUAAGGUUGAGGUUCGUAAUCCCAGACCACAAGUCCACAAGACGAAGGAAACUCGUCACACGACCAUCAGGUACCCAGUCUUCAUCACACAAGUCAUCAAGCCUCUCCUGACUCAGGUCGAAACCAAAGUCAAGCCGAUGUUCUUCACAAAAACUUUGAAGAGGAUUAAAACCAUCGUAUUUACAGUGACUGGCAUCGGUCAAGUCACUGUGACCUCCGUCAAGUAUGAGAAAGAAUACGUAACCAGGUGUCAGAAGAAGGGAGGUUACGGUCAUGGUCACGGAGGACACAAAGGUGGUCACCAUCGCAGGGAAGAUCAGGUCGAACCAGAGUACGCCUACGACGACUAUCCAGCAGCACCUACCUACGGUACCUCUACGAUCGACACUCCCGAAGAACUUUACGUUGACGGCCGAAGAGGAUCGUCGGCCUCUCGACACCGAAGAGAGAUUGAUUUGGCUCCCUCCAUGUCUGAAGUUGAGGCGGAGGCGACUUCUUAUGUAACAAACCCACUGCCUACAUCCGCCACUGCUACUGCCUAAUAUGCUGUCUAAGUACUGAAGCGAGUCAUGUUAAAGCAUUUGGAGCGGGAAAUAUAUUCAGGAAAUUGAUUGCUCUGUAAAAUGUUUUAGUUUUUAACCUGAAUGUUACUGAAGUUGUAGGUAAAGACAAUUAUCAAACUUGAGUGCUGUAUUUAAAUAAUUUACAGAAGAGGUAAAGCGCAAGGUAGCCAAAACGCUGAAAGUUACAGUCGCUCUACGUCUUUUCUCACGCAACAUCCACCUUAGCGUGAUACAAAAAAAGGCUUCUAAAUGAUAAAAAUUGAACGUCUCUAAGACUUCCUGCUUCAUUUUCAGGCAGUUGUUGCAAGUUGUUGUUGCUUAAUUUUUUUGGCUUUGAAUUUAGUGUAACUCAUAAUUAUUGCAGUAGCUACAAUGACGCUUCAGGUACACCAAGCAGUCGUCUACAAGCGUUGUUGAAUUUUCUAAAUUGGUACCACCGACUUAUUCAUAAUGGCAGAAUUGUGCACGAAUCUUUGUUUCGAGCUAUUCUGAGAAUUUCAUGAUUUGUGACCGCUAAAAACACGUAUUUUCCGAAUUUUUAGUUACGAUGCUUCUGCAGGAUGGAUCGAGAAUGUUUAUCAGUUACUGCAAAAAAUUGUAAUGUCCGACAGAUCUUAGCGUUAACAUUUUCAGCUGAUAUAUGGAAUAGGAAUUCCCGUAUCGCUGUUCACCGCAAUAUUUGUUUAAGAAUGGGCUUUCAAUGUAACGUGCUGGCCAAUGCGGGAGACAUAUUUUUCUGUGUGUACACCAUUAGUGAGCUUCUGAAAGCUGAACUGUUAAUGGAUAUUUCCUUCAUUAUAUUAAACAUUCAAUGUUUGAACAAGAGCAAUCAAGGAACCGGCUUACUCUAUUUGUACAAAUUUUUACAAAUAAAGAUUUCACUCUA